UCUUCAACUAUGAGUUUCCCUCUUCCUUCAAAAACGAACAUCUCAGCCUCCAACUAUGUUUUCAUUAUUCCCACACUUUCUAAAGUUCAAAAACUGCGACUCAGCUCAAUUAGCUCUUCACCUUGUACGCUCUCUUUCUUCCAAUCAUCCAACCUCCGCUAACUUCACUGAUCUCUCUGCCAUCCUACAAGGCCAAGUUUCACACUCUCGUCUCCUACAAAUACAUGCCCAAAUAUUUCAACUUGGUGCCCAUCAAGACAAUCUCAUUGCCACUCGUCUCAUUGGCCACUACCCAUUGCAUGUCGCUCUUAAAGUCUUUCAUCAACUGCAAAAUCCAAACAUCUUCCCCUUCAAUGCCAUUAUCAGAGUCUUAGCUGAAAAGGGUCUCUUUUCCCAUGCCUUUUUCAUCUUCAAAACCUUGAAACAGAGGUCUCUUUCACCUAAUGACUUUUCCUUUUGUUUUCUCCUAAAGGCAUGUUUUAGGUCCAAUAAUGCUAAUUAUGUCAACCAAAUUCAUACCCAUGUUGUGAAAAUGGGGUUUCUUGGUGAUCCAUUUGUGUGUAAUGGUUUUCUGGCAGCAUAUGGUAAGAGUCUUAAAGAUUUGGUGUCUGCGCGUAAGCUGUUUGAUGAAAUGCCUGAUAAGGGUGUGGUUUGUUGUUGGACUUCGUUGAUUUCUGGUUAUGCUCAGUCAGGUCAGACUGAGGAUGUUUUACAGUUUUUUCUUAUGAUGGUUCAGCUGAAUUUGCAGCCGGAAAAUGAUACCUUGGUCAGUGUAUUAUCUGCAUGUUCAAACCUUGAGAAUGUAAAAAUUGAGAAAUGGGCUACAGUUCUAGCAGAAAUUGGCAAAAAUUUUGAUUCUAAGAAUUCUGGUUGUGAUGCAGUCAAUACUGUUCUUAUCUAUUUGUAUGGGAAAUGGGGAAGGAUUGAGAAAAGUAGGGAAAUAUUUGAUGAAAUUGUUCAUAAUGCUAAAAGAAGUGUUCUUCCUUGGAAUGCCAUGAUUGGUGCAUAUGUACAAAAUGGUUGCCCUAUGGAAGCUUUAAGUAUUUUCCGCCUAAUGGUUGAAGAUCCCAAUCAUAAACCCAACCAUGUUACGAUGGUCAGUGUGCUUUCAGCUUGUGCUCAAAUUGGUGAUUUAGAUCUUGGUAGGUGGGUGUAUGAAUAUAUGAAAUCUAAAGGAUCCAAAGGUAUUAUUGGAUCAAACAAAAUACUAGCUACAGCAUUUAUUGACAUGUAUUCCAAAUGUGGGAGCUUGGAGAGGGCAAAAGAGGUUUUUGAUCAGAUGGUCUCCAAAGAUGUUGUCUCCUUCAAUGCUAUGAUUAUGGGUCUUGCAGUUAAUGGUGAGGGAGAGGAGGCAUUGAGGCUUUUCUCCAAAAUGCAAGAGUUUGGUUUACAACCCAAUGCUGGAACUUUCCUUGGUCUAUUAUGUGCAUGCUGUCACUCAGGUUUAGCAGAGAAAGGACGAGAAAUAUUUGUAGACAUGACCUCAAGAUUUUCUGUUUCACCUGAAUUAGAACACUAUGCUUGCUAUAUUGAUCUCCUUGCACGAGUAGGCCUUGUUGAAGAAGCACUUGAGGUUGUUUUUUCCAUGCCUGUUAAGCCUAAUAAGUUUGUGUGGAGUGCUUUGCUUGGGGGUUGCCUUCUCCACUCUAGAGUUGAGUUGGCCCGAUAUGUUUCUAGAAGGCUUGUUGAAUUGGACCCAGAUAAUUCUGUGGGGUAUGUGAUGUUGGCUAAUGCAUUUGCGGUUGAUCAUUGCUGGGGUGGUGUCUCAGCUCUGAGGUGGCUUAUGAGGGAAAAGGGGGUCAAGAAGCAGCCAGGAUGUAGUUGGAUUAGCAUCAAUGGUGUUGUUCAUGAAUUUCUUGUGGGCUCAUCAUAUCCUCAAAUUAAGAGCAUAGAAUAUACAUUGAAUGGAUUGGUGAAGCAAAUGAAGGAAGCCAGUCCAUAGGGAGUUUUCCAGUACUCGCUAGAGUUGCUGCUAUUACUUGGGAAUUGCAUUUGAUGUGGUUGGAUUCUCCACC